CUAUCAUGCCCCGGGCCCGGGCGGGGGCCGUCCCAGCAGCCAGGACACCAUGCCCGAGGGCGACGGCGGGGAGGUGCCCGCGCUCAUCCCAGACUGUGAGCCGCUACGGGAGGAGCAGCGGCCCCUGAAGCAGUCCCUGGGAAGCUCCCUAUGCCGAGAGUCGCACUGGAAGUGCCUACUCCUCACACUCCUCAUCCAUGCCUGUGGUGCAGUGGUGGCCUGGUGUCGCCUUGCCACUGUGCCACGGCUGGUCUUGGGGCCCGAGGCAGCCUUGGCUCGUGGGGCAGGGGGCCCGCCACCCACUUACCCGGCUAGCCCCUGCUCUGACGGCUACCUGUACAUCCCACUGGCCUUUGUCUCCCUCCUCUACCUCCUCUACCUGGCAGAAUGCUGGCACUGCCAUGUGCGGUCAUGCCAGGCACCUCGCACAGAUGCCAACACUGUGCUCGCCCUGAUCCACCGGUUACAGCAGGCCCCGCCCUGUGUCUGGUGGAAGGCCACCAGCUACCACUAUGUGCGCCGCACACGCCAGAUCACCCGCUACCGCAACGGCGACGCUUACACCACCACACAGGUCUACCACGAGAGGGCUGACAGUCGCACAGCUCGGGGUGAGUUUGACUACUCAGCCCAUGGUGUCCGCGACGUCUCCAAGGAGCUGGUGGGCCUGGCUGACCACGCAGCCACUCGGCUGCGCUUCACCAAGUGCUUCAGCUUUGGCAGUGCGGAGGCCGAGGCCUCCUACCUCACACAGAGGGCCCGAUUCUUCAGCGCCAAUGAGGGCCUGGACGAUUACCUGGAGGCCCGUGAGGGCAUGCAUCUGAAGGACGUGGACUUCCGUGAGUCCCUCAUGGUCUUUGCUGACCCCCGAAGCCCACCCUGGUACGCCCGAGCCUGGGUCUUCUGGCUCGUGUCAGCAGCCACGCUGUCCUGGCCCCUGCGGGUGGUGGCGGCCUAUGGCACUGCCCAUGUCCAUUACCAAGUAGAGAAGCUUUUCGGCGCCAGCUCGCCUCCUCCAGGGGCCAUGCCCAGCGGACCACCGCUGUCCCGGGUGGCCACGGUGGACUUCACUGAGCUGGAGUGGCACAUCUGCUCCAACCGGCAGCUGGUGCCCAGCUACUCAGAGGCUGUGGUCAUGGGCGCUGGCUCGGGCACCUACCUUCGGGGCUGCCAGCGCUGCCGCCGCUCUAUCAGCAGCAACUCGCUGCCCCCUGCCCGGCCCAGUGGCCCCCGCCUGCCCUUCAGCCGAAGCCGCCUCUCACUGGGUGCUGGGAGCCGGGCCACACCAGGGGUCUUCCGCAGCCUGAGUGGGGGGCCGUUGGGGCGUCGUGGAGAGGACACCGAGCCCUUGGAAAGCCCACCGUGCUAUGAAGAUGCCCUUUACUUCCCGGUGCUCAUUGUCCAUGGGGACAGCGGCUGCCAGGGAGAAGGGCAGGAUGUGCACUGAGAUGCCCUGCAGCCCCAGUGUGUCUCCCUCCUCAACAUCCAACCGUGGGCUUGGCUGCCUGAUACUUGGCCAAAGCAGGAGGGCAAGCAGACCAGUCACUCACAGGGGUCGGGUGGGGUGGGGGUUCUUAGACAAACUAAAAUGUGGUAACUGAUCGUUCUGGGGGGAGGGAGCCACCUGAGUUGAGCCUAUAUGACCCAUUCACAGCAUGGCUCCCCUCGCCUCCCACGCCCGCUGAUGGCGAAUGAGCUGCUUGGGGGCCUCCCGCACUGGGUAGGGGAGGAAGCUUCCAGAAGGGCUGGGAUGGGGAGGAGCCCGGGGACAGCUGUUACCUGCAACAAAGGGCUGCCUGUGGGCUCCUCCCUGCCAUGGCUGAGGCCACAUGGGCCCUUACGCAACCCAGAAGCACAAAUGGGCAGUUUGGGGCUGCACCUGUCUAGACCGGCCUCCUGAGGCUGAAGAGCAGUCGAUGAUGGCUUGCCCAGGUUCCCACGCUCUUCUGCCAGCCCCUUCCUGCUUGUCCUCUCACCUCUUCUCAGGCCAGUCCCUGACGUGACCCUAUAUAGGUGUGGCCCUCUCUUCUGGGAGCCUCACUCUCGGAACACAGCCUUGCCUCCCUUUUUUCCUGGUGCCCACUGUACCCACCCCCACCUCCAGCUCUCCUUAGGACCAGGCUGCCAUGAUCCCACAUUCCCUGGUCUCCACUCCUGCCUCCCAAAGUCUGUGCCCGCCUCUGUCAGCCCCCUCCCCACACACACACCCUGUCCUCAUUGCUCCUGUGGGCUCCUCCGCUCGUCGCCUUCCUGAUGCUUCAUGGGAUCAGGGCCAGUGGGCCUCCGAGAAGCCCUGGCCUAGCCAUAGCCUCUUGGACUAUGUCUUUGCCUUGCUCAGGAGGCCCCUGUUUCUCCCACAGUGGAGCCUGGCCCAGGGAACAUCAUCCUUCCCCCAGGGAGGAGAGAGGAGACCCUUUCCUUCCAAUGGGGGCUUCCACCCCUAUUCAGGGGCUGGCAAGGGAGGGAGGAGGCAGAGAAGGUACUGACUAAAUAAAGGUAUGAAAUGGCAGAGCUUCUGUGUUCCUGAGGAGGGGGUCCAAGGCCACCACUAAAGCAUGACCUGCCCACCCUGGGUGGGGAUGAAUUGGGCUUCAACAUUCCUGGGAGCAAUGCUCUCUCUUUUUUUUCUUUUCUUUUUGUCCUGGGGAUGAAACCCAGAGCCUGAAGUGUGCCAGGCAAGCACAUGCUUUCUAACACUGAGUUACACCCAGCAUCUGACUCCACUGACCCCAGUAUCUGGGCCUGGAUCACUUGAAAAGCACUGUCAAGGCAGGGCCCUCUUCCAGCACUGUGGGAGAUUCCAAUCUGCUGCCAGGCACGGGGUAUGCCAAGGACAGAGCCUACAACUCUGGUCAUUUCUCCCCAUGGCUUUGGUGUCCCUGGUCCUGGGGAAUGGCGGCAGAGCAGGGUGGAGGACACAAAGCUAGAAAGGGCCAGCCCUGAACCAAAACAGGCCAGAGCAGGAUCCAGUAAGAGAACAAGCCACCAAAGAAGGGCCUCACUCACUGAGAAAGCUCUAGGUGUCUGUACAGUUGCUCGGGGUGUUUUCUACACAAGGACACUGGGCUGAGGUCAAGCAUGGAUGGAAUCCACCCCCAUACUGGUGUGGAGCUGCAUUCAGUUGAGAAAAGGGCACUCUUCUAAUUUACCCAAAGGUGCCGUAAGUGCUCGUGGGUGCCCUGGAAGGGGACUGGGAGUGGAGUGGGUUGAAUUCCCUGGCGGGAGACAGAUAGAGGGCUUUCUGGGCAGUGGAUGGAACCAGAUUAUAAAGCAAAGAAGUAGAGGCAAAAAGCCAUGUCAGACAGGGCACCCAGACAUUCAAGAAGCUACAGUUCCACUGCCCGCCUUGCAAGCACAAGGACCUGAGUUUGAUCUCCGGUACCAAAAAGAAAAACAAAAAAAAAUGCAGGGAGGCUGAUGUGCUGUUUCCAGUUCCUCCCCACAAGAAGGUCUUCUUUUCCAACCUUCUGCUCCAACACCAUAGCUACCAACUGCCCAUUGGCCACUGGCCAUUCUUCUCCCUCAAUAGCAGAACUUUAGAUGGCCCAGCCAAAGACACCAUUCCAGCUUCCCUUGUGCAUAUGUUAUGACCAUGUGACUUAAUUCUAAGAAAUGUGAUAUAAACAGAAAGUGUUGGAAGAAAUUUCCCACAAUACUCCUUGAAUUAGAUAGUAGCAAAUAGUAGCAAAGGACAUUUUUGUCCUUUCUGGUUCCACCUCCCUUCAGCCUGGAAUGAGUAUGUGAUAGUUGGAACUCCAAUAGCUAUUUUGUAUCAAAAGGUGAUCUUGAAAACUAGCCAUGUGCUGAGGAUAGCACAGUGACAAAAUAAAAGAUCCUGGGUUUCUGAUGACACUAACUAAGGAAGCUUCUUUAUCAUCCUUGAGCUGCUUGUUUCCAAACUCUAAUGAGAAAAUUUUAGAUUGCUUAAACCACUGUUUUGGGGUUUGUUUU